AUGGCGCGCUCCGAAAACCAGCAGUCCGUAUUCUCCUCUUAUGCGCCGAGGCUACGCACCUACAACAACUCCCUCUUAACGCCCGUUCUUCCCGGCACUGCUCCCGCGAACCCACUUUCGCGCACAACGAAACGCGGCACUACCAUCAUCAACUACGCCGAGGAUGGCUACGACGACUACGAUGAUGACGACGACAAUACCCGCAGCCGCCGCCGCCCUACAGGUCUUCGCAGCGUACAGCCCGUCGACGACGGCGGUGUCAAGGCCGAUGCGGCUGAGAAGGUUGGGAAGGAGACACAUGAGCCUGUAGAGGUACAGGGCAUUUGGCGAGACUGGAUGGGUAGAUUCCGCCAGGGACGAUCCGACCAACAAAACUUCGCCCAAGCCAGCCUUCCUCUCACACUGAUUCCUAUACGGAUUGACCUCGAUAUUCCGUCCUACACUCCGCCCCCGUCUCUCCCCGCGAAUGCUGCGAGCCUGGACCCCAACAGUCCCCUCUUCAAACCACAGGAGCCCACCGUCCCGUACCGGUUACGCGACACGUUUCUGUGGAACUUGCACGAGACUUUGAUUACCACCGAUCAGUUUGCGACCAUCCUGGUCCAGGACUUGGAUCUGCCCAAUAGGAACCAGACCAUAUCCGAGAUCAACAAGCAAAUAAGGACACAACUAGAAGAGUACGCCGGAGUCGCUCUCCAUCCUCUCUUCCACUCCCACCGCGACCGUCCAGCAACCGAGGCUCCCAAGCCCACGAACCUGCUCGAAGUCGCGCCGACCUCGACCCCUAAUACCCCAGCAGUCAACGGCACCAACGUCGUAUCAACACCAACACCCGCCGCCGCCGCCGCCAAUGGCAGCACUUCAGCAGUCCAAACAUCCACCGGCGAAAUCACCGCUGCCGCGACCCCGAUUCCCCCAGACGCCGACGACUUCAGCCCCGACGACACCUACCGCUGCAUCAUCAACCUCAACAUCAACCUCUCCUCGCAAGUCUACACCGACAAGUUCGAGUGGUCGCUCCUCCACCCGCCAGGCACCGCCGAGGCCUUCGCCAAGCAGACCUGCGCCGACCUCGGCUUGCACGGCGAGUGGGUACCCGCCAUGACGCACGCCAUUUACGAGGCAGUUCUCAAGCUCAAGAAAGAGGCUUGCGAGUCCGGCGGCCUGGUAGCCGGCUGGGGCACCACUGCUCUGGGUGGCGGCGUUGGCGGCGUCGAGUUCCCCAACGACGCGGCCGUCACCGCGGGCGGCGAGGGCGCCGGCUGGCGAUACGACCCCGAGCAUCUGGCGGACGAUUGGGAGCCCAAGCUGGAGACGCUCAGCAAAGAAGAAAUCGAAAAGCGCGAGGGCGAUCGCGAGAGGCAGAUUCGCCGACUGCGCAGAGAGACGGCGAGGUUCAGUAGCAAUACUGGCAUGGCGGGCGGCGUGCCGGUCGGCUUUGGAUUUGGCGGGCUUAUUGAGCAAGAGGAGGAGCGCAUGGGACGCGGAGAGCGGAGCAAGAAGAAGAGAAGGUUUAGAAGUCUGUCGCCGACUAGUGGUAGGCAUACCCCGGAUGUUGGAGGCGGCGGCGGCGGCCCCAGUGCUGGUGGUGGGUAUGGUGGCGGAGGUACGUUGGCGGAUAAUGAGCGGAACAUCUGGAGAUGCUCGUGCUGUAGGGUUUGGGGCACCAGUGUUUGGGCGGUGAGGGAUGGGCCUUAUGGACCGAGGUCACUCUGCAAUAACUGCGGCUUCAUUUACGAGAGGGAUAGGAAACUCCCGCGGUGGGCUAGAAACCUGCACGGGGCCGAUCCCAAGCCUCUGUAA